AUGGCUAACAUUUGGCUUCUCUCACUUCUCUUCCUCAUCUGUAUUCUUCUCGCCUUUUUCAACCACAAGAAGCGUCGGAAAUAUUAUCAGCAACCACCGUCUCCUCCUGGUUUCCCGAUCAUCGGAAACUUACAUCAGCUCGGAGAAUUACCACAUCAGUCUCUAUGGACACUCUCAAAGAAGUAUGGUCCUGUGAUGCUUUUGAAGCUUGGAAGUGUCCCAACAGUCAUUGUUUCUUCCUCUGAAACAGCAAAACAAGCUCUUAAAAUCCAUGACCUUCAUUGUUGUAGCCGUCCAGGCUUGGCAGGUCCAAGAGAACUCUCUUACAACUAUCUAGACAUUGCUUUCUCUCCUUUUGAUGAUUAUUGGAAAGAAGUAAGAAAACUCGCUGUUCAAGAACUCUUCAGUACUAAACAAGUUCACUCGAUUCAACCCAUCAAGGACGAGGAGGUCAAGAAACUGAUCGAUUCAAUCGCGGAAUCAGCUUCUCUGAAAACUCCGGUUAACUUGAACAAGACGUUUCUUGCUUUAACUGUAAGUGUGAUAUGCAGGGCUGCAUUUGGUGUGAGUUUUGAGGUAACUGUGCUCAACAGUGAUAAGUUCAAUAAGUUAGUCCGUGAGGCUCUUGAGAUGUUAGGAAGCUUCUCUGCCUCAGAUUUUAUUCCGUAUAUCGGUUGGAUCAUCGACUGGUUCACGGGUUUACAAGCACGGCGAGAGAGAAGCGUGAGAGAUCUCGAUGCGUUCUAUGAACAAAUGAUUGAUCUGCAUAAUAAAGAGGAGAAGGAAAAAGGCAGUGAAGAUUUCGUGGACUUGCUAUUGAAGUUGGAGAAAGAAGAAGCUGUUCUUGGAAACGACAAGCUCACAAGAAACCAUAUCAAAGCAAUCUUGCUGAACAUUCUUUUAGCAGGGAUCGACACUUCUUCAAUUACAAUGACAUGGGCAAUGGCAGAACUUGCUAGAAACCCUAGAGUUAUGAAGAAAGUUCAAUCUGAAAUUAGAAACCAAACGGGGAACAAAUCCAUGAUCAACUUGGAUGACAUAGAUCAGCUCCAUUACUUGAAAAUGGUGAUCAAAGAAACAUGGAGGCUACAUCCUCCAGCGCCUCUUCUUAUGCAAAGAGAAGUAAUGUCUGAAUUUGAGAUCAAUGGCUACAAGAUAGAACCCAAGACACAGCUUCAUGUGAAUGUAUGGGCUAUUGGUCGUGAUCCCACUACUUGGAAAGACCCAGAGCUUUUUCUUCCAGAAAGAUUUAUGGAUAGUGACAUCGAUGUAAAAGGAAAAAACUUUGAGUUGUUACCGUUUGGGAGUGGCCGAAGAAUAUGUCCUGCAAUGUACAUGGGAACCACAAUGGUGGAGUUUGGUCUUGCAAAUAUGUUGUAUCAUUUUGAUUGGAAGUUACCAGAAGGCAUGGUGGUUGAAGAUAUCGAUAUGGAAGAAUUUCCUGGACUGACUGUGAGCAAGAAAAACGAGCUACUACUAGUUCCUGUGAAGUACUUCGAUCAUUGA